AUGGCGCCCUGUCAUGUGGUAAAAUGCUGUCAGCGGGGUUUAUCCUGGAUACCUGUGAUUUUUAUCAACCUGGUCGUGUGCUGGUCCUACUACGCUUACGUGGUGGAGCUCUGUAUAUACACAAUCUCCAACACAGAGGAGCAAGUUAUUUAUCUGUUAGUGUUUCACGUCUUUUUCUUCAUGUUCAUAUGGUCCUACUGGAAGACCAUCAUUUCCAAGCCUGCCAGCCCCUCAAAAGAGUUCUGUCUCCCUAAAGUGGACAAAGAGCUCUAUGAGAAAGAGGAGAAUCCAGAGGCCCAGCAGGAAAUCCUGAAGAGAGUGGCCAGAAAUUUACCCAUAUAUACACGCACAGGAUCUGGGGCUAUCCGGUACUGUGACCGCUGUCAGUUGAUCAAACCGGACAGAUGUCAUCACUGCUCCACAUGUGACAGAUGCGUGCUGAAAAUGGAUCACCACUGUCCAUGGGUUAAUAACUGUGUUGGAUUCUCCAACUAUAAAUUCUUUGUGCUGUUCCUGGCGUACUCUAUGCUGUACUGCGUCUACAUCGCUGCCACAGUUUUGCAGUACUUUAUCAAGUUCUGGACACUUUGCAGACGGAGGGCUAUAGAGCAUUGCCCGGAGAAUCACUUGCCAGACACUCAUGCAAAGUUCCACGUGUUGUUCCUGUUCUUUGUGGCGGCCAUGUUCUUCAUCAGCAUCCUGUCACUCUUCAGCUACCACCUGUGGCUCGUGGGAAAAAACAGAACCACUAUAGAGGCGUUCAGGGCACCGGUGUUCAGAAAUGGCCCAGAUAAAAAUGGCUUCACUCUGGGCUUCCGCAAGAAUGUCACCCAGGUGUUCGGAGACCAGAAGAAGUGUUGGUGCUUGCCCAUUUACAGCAGUUUGGGCGAUGGCUACACAUUCCCUACCCGCCUAGUCAACGCUGACUCGGAGCAAGGCAAUGCUGAACACCAGGCCAUUAAAUGCACUGUUGAUGGACAGACAAACCCCAGACCUCUGAGUGAGUCACAGAAUCAUCUCCUAGGCAACGAUAUGCACUCUGAGGAGCAGAAAGACAGCAGCCCGACAAACAUCGAGGUGUGUCAGCCUGUUUCAAUUACUAUGGAGAAUGAGUCCUAAUCAGGACUUGGCAUGGCACCAGGAUUUUUUCUCAUUUAUGAGUACUGUUGUGGUGAGAUGUCAUGUGAAAGAGCACACAACCCUCAAGAUAUCAUGCCUUAAGGUUAGCAGCAUUCUCUCAUAUGGAAACGACCUGCAACGCGUUGCUGUGGUGGAUGUAUUUACCUGCGCUCAUAUCCGCACAAACUCUCAAGCUCUUCACACCAAACAACUGGACGGCUCUUUCACUGGGUUUUAUGAUGUUGUGACUAACACACUUUCUUUUCUCCAAACAUGCACAUUUAUUUGAACAAAAUACCCUAAAAUGACCUUCAGGUUGUUCUGUCCAAUGUAUAAUGUGUUUAUACUGGUUUAUCUCUGGGACACUUUUGUAGACCAAAAAAGUCAGGCAGGUGUUUCUACCCAAGAUGCACUUUUGUCACCAAGGAUUUGUGUGGAAUGCUUUGCAGAUGUUUACGGAGCUGAAUGAACAUGAAAAGUGUAUUGCAGUAUUUGAUAAGAAUGCGUUCUUCAAUUGAGAUACAUUUCACGACACAGCAGUGUAAACCUCAGCUAAUGUACCGUAGGAGUUUCUCAAGUAUUUUGUGAGAUGAUAAUUCAGAAGAAAGUGCAAUGAGGUAUUUAAUACUUACUUUCUAGAUCUUUACAUUAAUGUACUCUAUUUGUGGAAAACUCUAUUUAGUAUUCACUGAUAUCCAACAACUUUGACACCUCUACCCAUUCAUUGACACAAUUUUUCUCUUUUUUUCGCUGCAUUUACUUUUUUUCCAAACCUCUUUACCCCGCAGCAUUAUACUAUCAGCUUGUGCCUUCAAAUGAGGGUUAAAUUUUGCAGCAGAUGGUGACUUAUGACAUGAAAGCACACUUAAGAUUUCCAGGUUGUGUAGCAUACACAGCUCAGUUGAUUAUUAUAGAGGGAACUCAAGCCAAGAUGUUAAAGAUGUCAGUGGAGUUUUGACAUGCAUUCCUCAAUUUAAGUUUUAAUUCCACAUGAAUGUGUAAUGAUGUGCAGUUUAUAGUUUUGUUUCUGCUGUUCAGUGAGGUCUGUUUACAGCUGCACCGGAGGACUCUGACCUCAUAAGGAAGCUCUUGUGUGACUGAAAUACAUGCAUUUCUUUGCUUAAUAUUUUUAAGUCUCUAAAACUCAUCAUUUCAGAGUUGAUGCUCAUGGAAGUCAUUGAAUCAUGUUCAUGUGGAACGGUAAUGUUUUUUUAUUAUAGUUUUAUAGAAUUGUCUAUUUAUGUUAUUGCAUGUUAAUGUGAAAAGCAAUGAAGGGGCGAUGACUUACUGCUUUAAUAGUGACCUCUAUAGCAGAACAUGAACUGAUGAAACCAUAGCAACAUCAUACUGAAAUCUGCCAUGCGUGUAAAAAUAAUUCCUGAUAGGCUGCUGCAUCUGCUGGAAGUCAUGUGCUAUUUGUCUGAGGACAUGAUUGUCUUUAUGUACAUUUCUACAGGCAAGGACAGUGAUCAUGCCAAAUAUAAAUCAUUUUAAUAUCAAGGAACUCACUAAUCACUUACUCCCUUAUGAAUAUGUAAUAUAUUACUGGAAUUUGAGUACCAAACAUAUGUAGGACCAUUUUCUUUUUCUGAUUUUUAUUGUUCUUUAUGGGGGGGAC